GAGAGUGAAGUCUACACAGUGGGAAGUGGUGCCCAGACAUGGAGAAAGACAGAGUUCUAUUAUUUGAGCAUUUGGAUCUACCCAUGCUUGAACCCAUUACAACCCUAGUGUUUUCAGUUAUGUGAGGCAAUCAUUAAUUAACAAGAGUCUUAACUAACUUGGGAAGCAAUGAGUAGCUGGGAAAGAAAGAUGUGUGUUGUACUUCUAGAGAGGAAUUUUCUCCCUUAAUUCAUCAAUAUUUCCUCCUUUGUUCCUGGAAAAUGGAAUUACACUCUCCCCAUGAGGGGAAAAAAAUUGAAUGGAAGCUUUCCAAUUUCCCUUGAUUACUUUCUCUUCUGUAAAAGAAAGCACACUAAAAAUCCAAUGUGUGACCCAUUUGUCAAGGUUUACUAAGAGACAAGUUUACUCAGCUUCAAAGGCAGACAUCCAUUUCUGCUUUCUUGUUGACCAACCUGCUCUCAUGGGCAGCGGGUGCCCAGCUUUUACCAGAGACUCCUGCAUUUUAGACAUUACCAUGUGCUUGCCCAGCCACUGUAUUGUGCUGAUGCUAAAUUUCUGGUUUUGAUAAUGUACUGUACUUCUAUUACCAUUAGGGAAAGCUGGUUGAUGGGCACAUGGGAACCCUGUUUUUUUUUUUUUGUUUGUUUGUUUGUUUUUUUGCAACUCUAAAACGUUUUCCAAGACAAUUAUUAUUUUUUUGUAAAAGAAAAUAUCUUGGUCAGGACUUUAGAUGAGAUAAGACAGAUCUCGGGGUGGGUGGAGCUGGAGCCACACACACCGGAUUUAUGAAGGAGAUGUUGUCAUUGAUCAUUUCCUGGCUUGGUUGUGAGAAGGAAACUCUACACCAGGUGGUGGAGAACCAAAGUGUCAGGGUGAAACCUCUACCCACACAGCCUGGGCACAAAGUGGCAGGAGGGAGCCAUGAUGGCCCAGUCCCCCUUCUUCCUUUGAACUAUAAAACUGAAGACAGGAUCUUGGUCUGGGUGGAAGGGACACUAUGAUCACAGAAUUCCUGUCCUUGCUUUGCCUCGGGCUUUCCCUGGGCUUUGAAGAUGAGAAAAAGAAUGGUGAGUUUUCUUGCAUACACUUGAUCUGUUCCUGCAUCCCAAGUUUUCUGUCUGAUCCUCUGAAUUCUGGGAGGGCAUUGGCAGUCAUCACUUGGAAGAUUCAGACUAACUCUGAAUUCUUUCCAGAGACACUUACCAAACCCUACCUCAGUGCCUUGCCCAGCCCAGUGGUUGAACAGGGACAUAACGUGACCUUGAGGUGCCUGGGUCACCGCCACAAUGUGACAUUCAUGCUGGGGAAGCUGCAGGACUCUGGGUACAGACAGGAGCAGAGAUCUGCAGGAUAUGAGGCUGAAUUCCUCCUCACUCACCUGGAGCCAAAGGAUGCUGGGACGUACUUUUGUGCCUACAAGACAAUGGACUCCCAGGAGUGGUCAGAGGAGAGUGAACACCUGCAGCUGGAGGUCACAGAUGACCGCAAUAAACGCAGAGCCCCUCCAGGGGGAAAAGUCACCAUCUCCACCAUUGCUGCCACCUGCAGCUGUCUCUCCAUUUUGCUCCUCUUCCUCUCCGUCUUCCUCAUCAACAGAUGCACCCAGCAUGAUUUGUCACAUGAAGAAUCCACCGAGAGAACCAGCCAUUCCAAACUUCCCCAGCAGGAGGCUAUGGGUGAGUGAUAAGAUUCAUCCGACCUGGAAAGGCCAUCUGUCUCGGCUGAAAGACCCCCAGGGAGUGAGCUAUGCUGAUCGAAACCCCAAGGCACCACCUGCGGCAGCUUCUGUCCCCCGCCGAGGAGCCCCCAGGAUCCUGUGAACGUACAGUGCUGUAGGAUCCCUGGAAGGAGGAGAACACCAUUUAAGAUGGUGGAGGUGACUGAACACAUGGAAACCAGGUCACUGUGUGUCCUUGGCUCAUAAUCCACAGUAAUAAAAUGAAGUUUCUGCUUUUUUGCUUCCA